AUGGCAGCCGGGAGUCUCAUCAAGGAGUUCUGUGGGGAAACGACUUGUUCCAUCUGCCUGGACUACUUCAGAGAGCCCGUGACCAUUGAGUGUGGGCACAAUUUCUGCCAAGCCUGCCUCACCCGGUGCUGGGCAGAGUCUGACAGGGGCGCUUCCUGCCCUCGGUGCAGAGAAGUUCUCCAGCAGAAGAACUUCAAGCCAAACCGGCAGCUGGCGAACCUUGUGGAACUUGUCAAGAAACUUCGGGUGGGAAAAGGAGUGGACGGGGAGCAAGGAAAGUGCGAGAGGCACCAGGAACCCUUGAAGCUCAUCUGCUUUGAUGACCAAGCCCCCAUCUGCGUGGUGUGCGACCGAUCGACGGAACAUCGAAACCACAGAGUGCUUCCUGUGGAAGAGGCUUUCCUCGAGUAUAAAAAAGAGAUCCAGGCUGAGCUGCAGUCUCUGGAGCAAGAGAAGGGAACACUUCAGGAACAGAAAGUGGCUGAUGAUCAGAGAAGCCAAACAUUUUUGACACAGUUACAAGCGGAGAAAAAGAAGACCAAGUCAGCCUUUCAGCAGUUGCAGAAUUACCUUGAGAAGGAGGAGCACCUCAGGCUAUCCCGGCUGGAAGAGAUGGAGAAGGAGAUGGUGAAGAGGAACGAAGAAAACGGUGCCAGAUUCUCAGAGGAGGUUUCCCAUCUCAGUCGCCUGAUCACGGAGAUGGAGGAGAAGUUCCAGCAGUCAGAAAAUGAAUUUUUACAAGAUCCCAAAACUAUCCUGAGCAGGGACAGAGAACGAGCCAUGGCAGCCGGGAGUCUCAUCAAGGAGUUCUGUGAGGAAACAACUUGUUCCGUCUGCCUGGACUACUUCAGAGAGCCAGUGACCAUUGAGUGUGGGCACAAUUUCUGCCAAGCCUGCCUCACUCAGUGCUGGGCAAAGUCUGACACAGGUGCUUCCUGCCCUCUGUGCGGAGAAGUUCUCCAGCAGAAGAACUUCAAACCAAACCGGCAGCUGGCGAACCUUGUGGAACUUGUCAAGAAACUUCAGAUGGGAAAGGGAGUGGAGGGGGAGCAAGGAAGGUGCGAGAGGCACCAGGAACCCCUGAAGCUCAUCUGCUUCGAUGACCAAACCACCAUCUGCGUGGUAUGUGGCCGAUCCAUGGCGCAUCGAAACCACAGAGUGCUUCCUAUGGAAGAGGCUUUCCUCGAGUUUAAGAAAGAGAUCCAGGCUGAGCUGCAGUCUCUGGAGCAAGAGAAGGGAACACUUCAGGAACAGAAAGUGGCUGAUGAUCAGAGAAGCCAAACAUUUUUGACACAGUUAGAAUUAGAGAAAAAGAAGAACAAGUCAGCCUUUCAGCAGUUGCACACUUACCUUGAGAAGGAAGAGCGCCUCAGGCUAUCUGUGCUGGAAGAGAUGGAGGAAAUUUCCCAACCUGGAGCUGGCAGACCUAAGACACAGUUAGAAUUAGAGAAAAAGAAGAACAAGUCAGCCUUUCAGCAGUUGCACACUUACCUUGAGAAGGAAGAGCGCCUCAGGCUAUCUGUGCUGGAAGAGAUGGAGGAAAAGAUGGCGAAGAGAGACAAGGAAAACUGUGUGUUAGUCUUGAAGGAUCCCAAAACUGUACAAAGCAGAUACGUGAAGGAGCCAGAGAGGCAGCUGCUGGGACCCCCUCUGGAGCUGGAGGAGGCGCUCAGGACUUAUGCCCAGAAAACCCCUGCCUUAGAACAGGCUCUGUCCAAAUGUCAAGUGAAUGUGACUCUGGAUCUGAAGACAACACAUCCCCAACUCAUUGUGUCUCCAGAGAUGAAGAAGAGGAAGGGAGAUAUCACCCUUAAUCCUGAUGAAAAAUCCUGGAUUGUGCAGACAGAAUGCUAUGGUGAUGAUUGUGGUGGUGAUUUUGGUGAUGAUUAUGCGAAUCGUUGUGUUGAGCAUGAUGAUGUUUUUGAUGAUUGUGAUAGUUUUUUCACUGAUGAUGAUUGGAAAGUAACUCCACGGAGGCGUCUGAAGGAAGCGGCGCCGGUGCUGCAGCGCCUGCAGUUUACGCUUUCCCGCGCCGCAACCUGGACCUGUAAAACGAUCCGGAUGUGGAUUCACGCAGUUGGAGUGGGGGACACGGAGCUGCUGGGUAGGCCGAUCCCGUCAGACCAGCGUCGGCCCUGGCUGAGAGAAGAAGCCAUGGCAGCCAGGAGUCUCGUCAAGGAGUUCUCUGAGGAAACCACUUGUUCCGUCUGCCUGGACUACUUCAAAGAGCCUGUGACCAUUGAGUGUGGGCACAAUUUCUGCCAAGCCUGCCUCACCCGGUGCUGGGCAGAGUCUGUCACAGGCCCUUCCUGCCCGCAGUGCCGAAAAGCUUCCCAGCAGCAGAACUUCAAGCCAAACUGGCAGCUGGUGAAUCUUGUGGAACUUGUCAGGAAACUUCAGGCGGGAAAUGGAGCCGAGGCAAAGUGGGGAGGGUGCGAGAGGCACCGGGAGCCCCUGAAGCUCUUCUGCUUUGAUGACCAAGCCCCCAUCUGCGUGGUGUGCGACCGAUCCAUGGAGCAUCGAAAUCACAGAGUGCUUCCAAUGGAGGAGGCUCUCCUCGAGUAUAAGGGAGUUAUGGCUGGUAAAAAAAACCCCUCUGGAGCUCAGUUCCGCAAACGAAAGGCAGAAAGAGCCAAGGAGCAAGCCAAGCAAGCAAUCAGGGAAGAAGAGCAAUAUUGGCGACCAGUCUUGGAGCGUUUGGUUGCCAUGGUCAAAUUUCUUGGUAUGCAACACCUGGCAUUCCAUGGUACGAAUGAAAAUUCGUACAGAGAGAGCAAUGGACAUUUUUUGAAGCUUGUUGAACUUUUAGCCCUUUUUGACCCUAUCCUGACUGAACAUGUACGCAGAGUUAAAGAUGAAGAAACCAUGGUUCACUACCUAGGAAAAGACAUCCAAAAUGAGCUUCUAGAGCUUCUAGCAAGUGCUAUAAGGCAGAACAUUUUAGCACAUGUAAACUCAGCCAAAUACUACUCAGUUAUUUUGGACUGCACACCUGAUGUUAGUCACACUGAACAAAUGACAGCGACUGUACGUUUUGUCAGUGUAAUCAAACCACCAGAUACUGAGAUGUCUGAGCCUGAGGUUACGAUAAGAGAACAUUUCUUGGGAUUUGUUCUACUAAAGGAGACUACAGGGGCCUUUAUGACAGAAACUCUUCUUGGACUGCUUGAUCAAAUGGGAUUACCACUUGAGGAUCUGCGCGGUCAAAGUUAUGAUAAUGGGAGUAACAUGAGAGGUAAGGAACACGGAGUACAAAAGAGAGUUCUGGAUAUAAAUCCACGUGCCUUUUUCGUGCCCUGCAGUGCACACUCUUUAAACCUGGUAGUCAGUGAUGUUGCUAAGUGUUGCCUGGAAGCAACAAGUUUCUUCAUGUUGGUCCAGCAGAUCUAUAAUUACUUCUCUGCAUCAACUCAUCGUUGGCAAAUUCUAACUAGCCAUGUACCAGCCAUUACUGUUAAGCCACUGAGUCAAACAAGAUGGGAGAGUCGGACUGAUGCUUUGCAACCACUGAGAUAUCAUCUUGGUAGUAUAUAUGAUGCUUUAAUGGAGAUCUUUAAUGACUCAAGCCUACAAGAAUCAUCCACAAGUGAUUCUCGAGUUGAAGCUAAGGCUCUUGCUGAUGCAAUUAGCAAGUUCAAGUUUGUGGUAUCCCUUGUUACAUGGUACAAGAUCCUUUUUGAAAUUCAUCUGACAGACAAGCUACUACAAAAUAAGGAAACUGAUUUAAAUUUCGCUACAAGCCAAUUACAAGUAACUAAGAACUACCUUGUGGGCUGUAGGUGCGAUGAAGCUUUUGAACAGGUUUUGGUAGCUGCUACUAAGAUCGCAAAACAGCUAGAAAUGCUACCAAACUUUGAGACAGAACAAAGACAAAGGAGAAAGAAAAAGCAGUUUGAGUCUGAGGCCCCAGAAGAGGCACCACAAGAUCCAAAGCAACAAUUCAAAGCGAAUUUCUAUUAUGCUGUCUUAGAUGUGGCCAUACAAUCAGUUGAAGAGAGAUCCCAACAACUACAACACUGUAAUUCCGUCUUUGGCUUCCUGUAUGAUAUAUACAGUAUUAAGGAAAAAUGCACUGCAGAUUUACGUAAGGCCUGCAAGAAUUUGGAACAAGCACUGACGCACGAUGGUAACAGAGAUAUUGAUGCGGAAGAGCUGUGUUAUGAACUGCAAGCAGUAGCUCGAAGACUUCCAAAGCCUAUGCCACCACAAAGAGUACUUCUCCACAUACUUCAACAAAGAAUCCAGGAUAGCGUGCCUAAUGUUUGUAUUGCUCUAAGGAUCCUUCUCACGCUUCCAGUGUCAGUGGCAAGUGGUGAACGCAGCUUCUCAAAACUCAAACUUAUAAAAACGCACAUACGCUCGACAAUGCUGCAAGAGAGACUGCUUGAUUUGGCAACUAUUUCAGUUGAACAUGCUGAAGCAUCAGUGCUUGACCUGAAGGAAUUGGUGACAAAAUUUGCUAAAGAAAAGGCACGGAAAAUGAGAGUCUGA